UUUAAAACUCAUGUAAUUCCCUGACACGCAUACUUAUUUUUUUCCUGAAAAAGCAGUGAGUGCAUAAGUUUUGUUGUGAAAACUCAGCAGCGUUACUGCCUCAGAAACGCACUGCCUACCACAUGCAGUGCACUGUGUAGACAUGGCUUGUACCUUUUCCUGUCUCUCGCUAGGGGACCCUGCUUUGUCUGAUGCCUCGGAUCAAGCAGUGUUGUGUGUCUGUGAGCACAGUCGGGCAGCAGUCGUCGCCACUGUGCGUCGCUGAAGAUGUUACAGCAGCAGCCUCUGACUGGCAACGGGCCCUCAAGCGGCCGGGGACUCGGCAUGAGUGGCCACCCCGGGAUGCAUGCACUCAAUUCGGUUCACCAACCUUCGCAGCACCGGUCCGAUGACCCGGCCCUCGAGGGUACAGAAAAUGGACAUGAAAACCGCAGAGAUAUUGGUGACAUACUGCAACAAAUAAUGACCAUUACCGACCAAAGUUUGGACGAAGCCCAAGCAAAGAAACAUGCACUUAAUUGUCACAGAAUGAAACCUGCUUUAUUCAGCGUCCUUUGCGAGAUCAAGGAAAAAACAGGCCUCUCAAUGAGGAAUGCCCAGGAGGACGAGCCUCAGGAUCCUCAGCUGGUGCGAUUGGACAACAUGCUGUUGGCAGAAGGUGUGGCGGGGCCGGAAAAGGGAGGAGGAGCUGCUGCUGCUGUGUCUGCGGCCACAAGCUCAGGAGGGAUGUCACCUGACAGCUCGCUCGAGCACUCUGACUACAAAACCAAGUUGAGCCAGAUUCGCGGUAUCUACCACACCGAGUUGGAGAAGUAUGAGCAGGCAUGCACGGAGUUCACCACCCAUGUGAUGAAUCUGCUGAGAGAGCAGUCCCGUACGCGGCCCGUGACUCCGCGAGAGAUUGAGCGCAUGGUGGGCAUCAUCCACCGCAAGUUUAGCACCAUCCAGACCCAGCUGAAGCAGAGCACUUGUGAGGCAGUCAUGAUCCUGAGGUCCCGCUUUCUUGAUGCCAGGCGCAAGAGGCGCAACUUCAGCAAACAGGCCACAGAGGGCCUGAACGAGUAUUUCUACUCCCACCUGUCCAACCCCUACCCCAGUGAAGAAGCCAAAGAGGAACUUGCCAAAUCAUGUGGAAUCACCGUCUCUCAGGUGUCCAACUGGUUUGGCAACAAAAGAAUCCGCUACAAGAAAAACAUUGGCAAGUUCCAAGAAGAGGCAAACCUUUAUGCCAUGAAAACAGCCUUGGUGGGCAGGCAGGGCAACGAUUCCCCGCACACUCCUAACUCCACAGGAUCUGGAUCCUUCUCUCUGUCCGGGUCAGCUGACUUAUUUUUGGGAGUUCCCCCUGUGAAUGGCGAUCAGGCCGGUUACCAAAUGGGAGUGCAGGCUAACGGGAACUGGAACGGUCGAAAUUCGCCCCCGCCUGGCGCCUCGCCCCACAGCGACCACUCAGACAACUCCGACUGAGGACCCGGCCCACUGGCACAGAAUGACAGCGACGGAAGAUUGACGGCAGAAAAGACAGAUAGAAUGAUCGUACACUUCCCACUUGGCUGCAGUAGUUUUUGUACAUUGUUUGUUUGGUUUGAUUAUUUUAAAUGUACGUUGUAUUUUAUUCUUUUCUUACCGCUCAGUGUGGGUCAUUAUUAUGUUUGUAUGAUUAGCUGAGCGCACGGAUGGUAGAGUGACAAAUGUGUGUGUGCUGUGUGCAUGCAGGUGUGGUUUUAUUAUCAGGGUGAAGGGUUUGUUCUCCACCUCUUGGUAAAUGUUACUGAGGUGUGUGUUAGAGGUUGGGAAGGAUCGGGGGGUGGGGACAGCAUUAUCAUCGUUUUUAUCACACUAUAUCGUUAUUAUUAAUAUUAUUGCCGUUUUAUUAUUAAUGCUACAACUAUUAUCAUUUUAACCGCUCAGAAAAAGAGAGAAUGCAUUUAGUGAAUGAGAGGACAAUAGAGAAAAAUCCAAAGAUUUAGUGUGUUUGUUUCUCUGUUUUGUUUGUUUGUUUUCUACCGGGCUUAUGUGUCCCUGUAAAAUGAGUGAGGCGUGUGUGACUCCAUAUCAAUUGUUUGAAUGGGUAUAUCAGCAGUGCUGUCUUUUUUCUGUACAGUGAAACACCUGUAUUCUCUCUACCUCUUUUACAAUAAAGACUCUCUGUAUUCACAA